UCAGAAGUUUUCUUAAGUCGUUAGAGAAAUUAUAGUUUAAAGAAUUAUGAAGAUCUCAACAAUUUUCUGCCUGGCUAUUUUUCUUGGAGGAUGUUAUUUUGUUAGUGUAGUUGCCAAUCCUAUACAAAAUAAUGUGUUUGAUCCAAAAACGGAAAUUACUGCAAAACAGUCAGGUCCUGUAGUGAACCCAGCAGUGCCUGGUAAUGAACAAGAUGAUGAUGAUGAUGACGACGAUGAUGAUAUUGUAACAGAAGACGAUGAUGAAGACUACAUAGAAUCCCUUUUUGAUGGAAUCCUCGGAGAUGAUGAUGACGAUGAUGAUGAAGACGACGAUGAUGAUGAUGAUGAAAAUCUUCCAGCUUCUUCCCAAGCCAAUCAGCAAAUAUCAUCAUCAGCAGCUUCAAUUGAUAGCCCAGUAUUAAAUGAAGUUAUUUUGCCUGGAGAUAAUUCAGAAGACCCUCAAAAUUUAAAUAACGAUGUUGAUAUAUUAAAUAAUAAUGAUGCAAAAGAUCCAUUGCAAUUAGCUCAAGAUCAAGUAGCAACUGUAAACAAUAAUAUUGACCCAGUUGGCAAUGAAGCUAUCGUGGACGAUGAAGAUGAUGAUGACGAUGAUGAUGAUGAUGAAGAUGACGAUGACGAUUUAGACGGCGAAUUGAUUGAAGCUAAGCAUUCAAGAUCUUUGGAAGAAGGAACUACAUCAAUGCCCGAUAUAUUUGUAAUCAAAUAUAACAAAUUUGUUGAUGGAAUUUUUGAAAGGAUCAAUGCCAUUUUGAAAAGAAGUUAUGAUCCAGUUAAUGUCCAUUUAACUAUGGAAGGAGCAGAGCUUAAAGCAAUUAAAAAGAAAACGAAUAAAAAGCAAAAAAAGAACAAGAAAAAUAAAAAACAACCGCCAACGGCUCGUAACGCAUUUGAAGAGAAGUUCGAGAAAAUAUCAACUAGCCCAGUAGUUGAAGCCAUUGACCAAAAUCAUAAAUCAAGAUUAAAUGGUGGUUCAAUUAGACAAAGGAACAACCAAACAAAACAAGAUAAUUUCAAAAACGCCAGAGCUACACUUUAUGGUCUUUCAUCUCUAAAAAGAAGUGGAAAUGUAAAGGUUAAUCAACUAGCUCAACAUACCACAAUAAAAAGUAAUUUUAUUCUUGGCCCUUUAAUGUUAAAAGUUGAAAAAAUUACUGGACGUAAUGAGAAACGAGAGAUAAGAAUGGCUACAGCUACAACACAUGAAAUAUAUGGAAAAAUAAACAUCAGAGUCAUUAACGGGAAAGCUUCCUUACAUUCAAUAAAAGUUCAACAACCAAAACAGGUGAAAGUUGAUGCGGCUGACAACCAUAUCCAUAAAAGACAGUAUUCUUGGGAGAAGGAGUUUAGUGUUGCACGUGCAGUAUCUCAUAAAUUAAGAAAAGUAGUGAAAAAUCUGUUUUAAUUAUUAGCUGCAAUCUAAACAAGUUAGGUAUAUCAUAUACAAAUAUAAGUCAAUAUAAGUAUAUUUACAUAUAUUAAUUAUCUAAUGCUUUCAUUGUUUUUUCUGGU